GAUGGGGAACGCAAUGUCAUCUGAGCCAGCAAUGACUCCUGUGAACCAGAUCCAAGAAACAAUUUCUGAUAACUGUGUGGUGAUUUUUUCCAAAACAUCAUGUUCAUACUGUACUAUGGCUAAACAGAUUUUCCAUGACAUGAACGUCAAUUAUAAAGUUGUGGAACUGGACAAGCUUGACUAUGGAAGCCAGUUUCAAGAUGCUCUUUACAAACUUACUGGCGGAAGAACCGUCCCAAGAAUAUUUGUCAAUGGAGCUUUUAUUGGAGGUGCAGCUGAUACUCACAGGCUCCAUAAAGAAGGGAAAUUACUGCCACUAGUUCAUCAGUGUUAUUUAAAAAACAGUAAGAGGAAAGAGUGUCAAUGAUACAGGCACUCACCAUGACUAGGAAAUGCCAGUGAAAGUGAUAAUGCCUUAGACAUGUUUGGAGCUGUUUAAGUAUGUGAGUUAUCUUCAUAAAGACUAAAAAUAAUAAAUUGUUGUGAAAACCUCAUUUUCCUACUUGCCAGUUUACUUUCAGCAUCCCCAUCCCUGCACACUUUAAAUUCCCUUCACUGAAAACUCCCCACCAUCUCCUUCCAAAACUUCUUUGCAUGGCAUUCAAGACCCUCUAUGAUCUGCUCCCUGUUUGCAUCUGCAGCCUCAUCUCACAUCUUCAUCGGACUGUACAGGCUACAGGUGAAUCAGAGCCCUGCACAUGGUGCAUACAGACCUUAGGCAAGUAUGUGCUGAAAGAAACAGGUGGAGACAAGAGAAUGGGUCUUUGAUGGUCAAAUGGUUGAUAUUCUGCCUCUACCAUUGACUUGCUGCCUGAACAAUUGUCAGCUGGGGACAAUGCCACUUAAGUUGCAGGACUACUUGUCCUAAGGAGUCAUCAAAAAUAUUCUUAGCCUGGUGCU